CUAGCGUGGUAGGAGGUGGUGCCAAGUUUUGAGACGAUGUGGGAUGAGGCUGAUUUCCCGGUUGCUGUCCGACGGUUCCCCCCGUCUGCGGGUCAGAAUGGCGAGUACCAAGUACACUUCUGCUAUGGUAAAGCGGCAUUGCAACGUGGAUGGGGUCGCAGGGAAAGAUCCAAAAAGGGUGGCAAAUGUUGGGUCUGCAAGUACUGCGAUUUGAAAUUCUUGGGCAGCCUGAACCAUGUCAAGGAACAUUACUCAAAGGGAACCUGUGCGGCGGAGCAGAGCAGGAAGGUUUUCACAGAUGAAGAAAAAGAAGCAAGGAAGCAGGGGUUGAGACAGGCUCUGGCUGACGUGGCGAUGGCAAAUGGCGACAACAGUCUUCCUAGUGGAUCUAGUUUGGCUACUGCACCAACGGCUGUGGAGAAUGUGGGUAGGGGCAUGGGAAAAGGGGGUGCAGCAUCCGACACGCGACGAUCCGCUUCAUCUGUGCAGCAAAUGGUGUUGGAGGAGACGGACAGCAUCUUCACGAAGAACGAGAUGACGUCAAGGAAGGUCGACAACUGGAUGACCUGCACGAACCAACCUCUCAAUAUGGUGGAGAAUGAAAUUUACCUUGACAUGGUAAAUGCUAUACCGAAUGCCCAUCCCUCAUGGCGGAUGCACAGCAGGGAGGCCGCAAGGAAUGGUAGACUGGAUGGCCAGAACAAGAGGUGCAUCGAGGAUGUGCGGAUGAUUGCAAAGAAGUGGGAGAGAACAGGGUGUAUGGUGCAGAUGGAUGGGUGGUCCGAUAGGCGAGGGAGACCGCACAUCAAUGUGAUGGUCUCCUCCCCUAUAGGGACCGUCUUUUGGAGGUCCAUUUGUGUAGAAGGGAAGGAGAAGGACUCCACAGCGUACUACAACAUCCUGGAUGCUGCGAUCCAGGACAUUGGACCCAAGAGUGUGAUCGGGGUGAUCAUGGACAAUGCUAGAGUUUGCGUCAAGGCGGGGAAGCUUGUUGAAAAAAAGUACCCUUGGAUCUUCAGGGUUGGUUGCACAGCGCAUUCCCUCGACCUUGCAUUGGAGGACUUCGACAAGCGCAUUGGAUGGUUUUCCAGGACGGUCAAGAGAGCAAACGAGUUGGGGAAGUUCAUCAUGAACCACGACAAGGUUCGUGCAUUCUUCCUUGAACGUUCUGGCGGGGCACAAAUAAAGAGGCAAGGAGUGACAAGAUUCGCAACGAAUAUUAUCAUGCUGCAGUCCCUUUUGGACCGAAAGAAUGCCCUCAAACUUGUCGCAGGUGCGAAGGGCUGGGUGUCUAGCAUGGUGCGGACUGAUCUGCGGUCCAACUUUGAGAAAGCCACGGCCACUAUCCUUGACGAGAGGUUUUGGGACGAUGUUGAGAAGUCCGUCAAAGCCACGGAGACUAUUGUGAAGUUAUUGGGGAUGGUGGACGGUCCAGGGGCCACCAUCAGCAAGGUUAAUCAUCAUAUGGACGCCGUGGUGGAGGGAAUCAGGACGUUGGAAGUCCUUACGGACUUUGGGAAAGCGGAAGUGGAAUCGAUCCUCAUGGAUCCAUGGGCAUUCAUGACGUCGGAACUGCAUUGUGCAGCAACGUUCUUGGAUCCGGAGUUUCGUGCACAGUUUGCGAUCCACGGUACAGAGAUCCGGGCAGGGUUCAACAUAUGGUUGUACACAUGGGCCUCGUCGGACGAUUUGAAGGACAUCAGUUGGCAAGUGGAUGACUGGGUUCGCAUGAAGGGGGCAUUGGGGUCGAGAGAGGCAUUGGAUGGCGCGCGAUUGAAGACCCCGUCCAUGUGGUGGGACUCGUUCGGGUCGCGCUUGAACCUCCUGCAGCCCCAAGCGAUCAAGCUGUUAGGACAGGCAAGCUCGUCUGCUGCUUGUGAGCGCAAUUGGAGCUUGCACAAACUCAUUUUCGGCAGGAGGAGAACGAAGUUGCUGUCGGGCCGUCUCGCCAAGCUUGUGUACAAUAAUUGGAAUCUCCACCUGCAGUGGAGACAAGAGAAGGGGGCUGGCGAAGACGAUGUCCACAUCCCGUGGAUGGAGGAAUUACCGGAUGCAGAGAACAAGGCGAAGCAGAGCGCUAUUAUAACGAGUGGGUGCAGAAAGUAAAGGCGAGCACCGGGGAUACGGAGGCUGGCGCAGAGGGUGAUAGCGAUGUCAUUGCAGAGCUAAACGAUGAAGUUUCGUUUGCUGCUUGCAGGUUCGAUGAUGACGCAGUGUUUCUGCGUCGACAGCAACUACCAGGUGCGUUAUAYAUCAUCCCCMCCUCACAGUGCUUUCAAAAAAAAAAAAAAAAAAAAAAAUUCCGGACAGGACCGGACGGGGGAUUGGACCUCCCCGCACAGUUCGCGGACAAAACCGCACCGGACGGGCGAUGGCCCUACCGGACAGCGUGCGGCUCGGUGCGGCCCUGUCCGGUAGGGGUACGGGCCUGUAGGCCAGACGGGAAGGUCCCGACCCGGACCCCGUACAGCGGACCGGACCGUGCGGCGCACGGUACGGUUGCAAGUAUGGUCUCAACAUGUGGAAAAACGAGAUUUCGAACCCUUGCCAUGCUUGUGUGAGCAGUGCUCUCUGUCUUCCGAACAAAUUGCGCGAAGUUCU